AAGCCAUGCCUCUGGUGCGACAGGCAAUAGCAGCUAUGACAGGGAUUGUGCUGGCGCAUCAGGAGAAGCUGCUACCCACUUAGUUGGAGCUACUGCUGGAGCUUUUCUCUGUGCGGCGUUUUGCGCCAUGGCGGAUGGUGCGCAGUUGUGGGGGGGACACGAAACGCUGGCCGUGGAUGAGCCGCGCGGGGAGGGGCUGUGCGUUGAGGGCGGACAUGAAGCCAUCGCGUUGGCGGAAGGCUUAGAGGCGAAGACUCACGUCCGCGAGACAGGCGCAGGGAUCGGCGCGGACGAGGUGGCGGAGGGGGGAAUCGGCGGAGAUUUAGCGGAGUACCUUUGCGGGGCCGCGGAGCCGGAGGCGGUCGCGAUGAACCCGAUGAAUGCGAUCAACGCGAUGAGCGACGACGAGAUGUGGCGGGAUGAUUACGUGGCAGCUGCUGAUUGCAUGGCUUUCGACGGAUCGCUUGCGGACGUCAUGGCUGCUGCAGGCAUAGGUGCAGACGUUUUGAGUAAAGACGAGCUUGUUUCGCAUGCUAUGGGGACUGGCCGUAUGGAUACAGAUGAAAUCGGUACAGGGGUAUUGGAUACGGUAGCGACGGUAGCGACAGACGGAAUGGGAGACGGAGUGGUGACAGAUGGACUGGUUACACAUGGAAUUGCUGCUGAGGGAAUGACGAUACACGCGAUUGCGGCAGAUGGAAUCGUGACGGAUGGAAAUGUUGCAGGGGGAGCAGCAACAGAUGAAGCAGUCGCACUCGCAAUAGAUGACGGAGUGGCUACAGACGGAGUGGUUAGAGACGGAGUGGCUACAGACGGAGUGGCUACAGACGGAGUGGUUACAGACGGAGUGGCUACAGACGGAGUGGCUACAGGCGGAGUGGUUACAGACGGAGUGGCUACAGACGGAGUGGCUACAGACGGAGUGGCUACAGACGGAGUGGCUACAGACGGAGUGGCUACAGACGGAGUGGUUACAGACGGAGUGGCUACAGACGGAGUGGCUACAGACGGAGUGGCUACAGACGGAGUGGCUACAGGCGGAGUGGCUACAGACGGAGUGGCUACAGACGGAGUGGCUACAGACGGAGUGGCUACAGACGGAGUGGCUACAGACGGAGUGGCCACAGACGGAGUGGCUACAGACGGAGUGGCUACAGACGGAGUGGCUACAGACGGAGUGGCUACAGACGGAGUGGCUACAGACGGAGUGGCUACAGACGGAGUGGCUACAGACGGAGUGGCUACAGAGAGAGUGUUUACAGAUAACGCAGCAAGCGACAUUACGGGCGCACAGCACUUACCUGCAGGAACGAUGGGAGGCGUGGGCGGAGAGGCAGGUGCAGCAGCUGAAGGGGCUAUUGUUGAGGCGCCUCAAGGGACGAUAGGAGAGUCGAAUGAAGAGGCAGGCGCAGGGACCGAGGGGAAGGGCGUCGAUGGCAGUGGGAGAGGCGAUGCUUCUAACCCUAGAAUUGAGGUUCAUAAUGGGGUCGAUUCUUGCCAUUACGGUGCGGAGGCGAGCAAUAGGGUUGAGAACGGUGCAGAAGAGAUGGGGGCGAUGGAGAAUAAGAUGGCGGAGAAUGUUAUGGCGGAGAAUAUUAUGGCGGAGAAUGAUUCGGUGGGGAAUGAUAUGGUGGGGAAUAUGGUGGGGGCGAGGGUGAUGAUGAACGUGAGUGGGCAUGGCAGGGGAGAGAAGAUGGAUGAAGGGCGCGAGAUGGGAAGGGAAGGUGCUGAGAAGGAGGAGGGGGAGAGGGAGGAGAAGCGGGAUGAGAAGGGCGAAGAAAGGAAGGAGGAGGAGGAGGAGGUGGAGGAGGAUGAGGAUGAAGAGGAGGUGGAUGUGGUGGGGUGUGACGAGGCAGGGAAGGAGGGGAGAGUGGUGCAGGGUGGUGAUGCUGUGGUGAAUAUUCAACAUGACAAAGCCGCUGACGUCACUGGAGAUGACAAAGCCGCUGAUGACGUCAUGGGAGAUGUCAAAGUCGCUGAUGACGUCAUGGGAGAUGUCAAAGUCGCUGAUGACGUCAUGGGAGAUGUCAAAGUCGCUGAUGACGUCAUGGGAGAUGACAAAGCCGCUGAUGACGUCAUGGGAGAUGGCAAAGUCGCUGAUGACGUCAUGGGAGAUGUCAAAGUCGCUGAUGACGUCAUGGGAGAUGUCAAAGUCGCUGAUGACGUCAUGGGAGAUGUCAAAGUCGCUGAUGACGUCAUGGGAGAUGUCAAAGUCGCUGAUGACGUCAUGGGAGAUGUCAAACUUGUUUAUGCGGUGAAGGGAGAUGACAAAGCAGCAGGGGACGCCAUGCAGGAGAGGGAGCAGGGUAAAAGUGUCUUGCCGGGUGGGGGGGAGACGAGGGAUGAGCAUGACGCGAGGGGUGGUGGUGCGUUGGUAGGUGAGGGUGAGGCGGAGGAGAUGGGCGUGGAUGGUGGGAAGGGUGAGGGUGAGUGUGGCGGAAGGAGGGAGAUGAGAGAUGCGGAGGAGAUUGGGGGCAUGGAUGGAGCUACGAGUGAGCGUGGUAUGAGGGGUAUGGACGAGGUGAAAGGUGGAGGUGAGGUGAAUGGUGGAGAUGCAGUGAAUUGUGCGGGUGAGGUGAAUGGUGCGGGUGAGACUAAGGGUGAAGGGCAGGAGCUGGGAGAGGAGGUGAGUGGUGGAGAGAGGGAGGAGGAGAAGGAGAAGGAGAAGGAGAAGGCAGCGGAGGAGGAGGAGGAGGAGGAAAGAGGGGCCGUUGUAGGUGUGCGUGUGGAGGCAGGGGAAAGAGAGCUGGAGAUGGAAGCUGGAGGAACAGCGGACGCUGACGGUGAGCAGCAGGUGCGGGAAGCAGAAGCUGGGAGAUUGGAAGAGGCGGAACGGGAGAUAGGGAGGUGUGAGAGAGAAGAAGAGGACAGCGGGAGGGAGGCAGGUGAGAAGGAAAAGGCAGCAGGCGAGGCCAAGGAACAAGAGGAGAAAGGAGAGGCGGAAGAAGAAGAGGAAGAGGAAGAUGAUGACGAGGAAGAAGAUGAGGAGGAGGAGGCAGAGGAGGAAGGAAGAGGAGGAGGAGGAGCAGGAGGAGGAGGAGGAGGAGUGGGGUGGAGAGGAGGAGAAGGAGGAGGGGGGCAGUUGGGGCAGGGAGGAGGAGGGGUGGAGGAUGUGGGGCAGGUGCCGAGUCACAUGUACAUGCAGCAGCACCUGCUGCUCCCAGGGCAGAUGCAGCUGCUGGAGGAGCUGGGGGAGGAGGGCACUGAAGCCACCUGGGAGAACCCUCUAGAGGAGGCUAUGGUGGGUGCUUUGUGCUUGCCCUCUGCUCUCCUUGCUCCCUGCGCCCUGCGCCCUGCUCCCUGCUCCCUGCGCCCUGCUCUCGGCCUGCGUUUUUUGGCUCUGGGAUUGUCCCAUGCUUUGAUUAAUGCACCCACUCUCUUCCACUCCACUAAUCUCCAACUUUUUCAACUCUUUCUCCUGCUCUCCUCUUCCUCUCCUCCCGCUCUGCUCACUGCCUCCCCUGUUUUCUGCUCCCCUUUUCUCACCCCUGUUCCCUCCUCACUCAUGAUUCCACCCCGUUUUUACCCUCUCUAUCUCGUGUUGUUGCUCCGCCCUGGCCUCCCUGCACUGCAGGCGUCCAUGUUACUUCACCCAGACGCAGAUUCAGAGGCAGCGUUGCAGCAGCAUCUGGCGCUCUUCUUCUCUCUAAAGGACACCAUCACUAAGAAAGAGGCCCGCGCUAUCGCCACUGCCGCUGCCACCUCCUCCUCUCAUGUGCGGGAAAACCUUGCUCCCAAACCCACUGCUGCCUCUCUUCCCCUCUCCCAAACACCUCGUCAAACCCCACUUGCGGUCACCAGCACUGGUGCCAAUGGCAGUGCAAUCAGUGCAGUAGCCUCCAGCAAACCAUCUGCACCACACCCGCACUCCUCGUCACCAUUGUCUCACACAACCGCUCCUCACCCCCCUGUUUCCGGAUCGAAACCCAACCCCGCUUCUAAAACCCCGGUGGUGACAAACCCCGUGCCAUACAAAUCCCCAGCAACCCCCGCAACCCCAGCGUCUAAGCUCCCAGCGCCCCUCUCUUCUGCAUCCCACCCGGCCGCCUCCCACCUUCCUGCAUCGCACCCUCCCGCGUCUCACCCGCCCCGCACACGGGCUGCUCUGGUGGCAAAGCGGCGAUCAUCCAUGCAGGGCGGGAAGGAGAUCUCAGAGUCGACUCAAAAUAAGGAAGCACCUGGUGAACGCGAGAGAGAGAAGGAGCGAGUGGGAGAGGUAGAAGAGAGGCCAAGAGAAACUGACCUGGAUGUUCUGUUGUCUAAUGCUGAACGCGCCCUUUCGUUCUCUGCCAGCCCGGCUGCAAACACCCCCUCCUCCUCGUCUCUCUCUGCUCGUUCCUCAGCUCCUUGGUGGGAGGGGCUGGAAGAAAAGGCGAUGGCAGCAGCACGAGAGGCAGAGGCCGAGGAAGCAAGCGCAGCAGCAGCAGCAGGAGGAGGAGGAGGAAAAGCAGGGAUCUAUGGCUCGUUUUUGCCCUCCGCAUCUGCUGCUGUUGCUGCAGGUGCCGUGCCCGGCAGUGCAUCUGCACGUGCUGGGUGCCAAGUUGCCUCUAUUCUCGCCUCCCACCUGCGCCAGAGCACAGGGGGCUUCACGGCACAGCAAGCGUCGCUGCUGCAACUGCUGCUGGUUCGGCCACAAGGCGCCAGUGCUGGCAGCGUGGCUCAGGCAUGCGGCAGAGGAGAGCCAAACCACCAUCCUGCUGCUGCUGCUGCAGGUGGGCCUGCUUCCGCUUCUCCCCCUGCUCUUGCUGCUGCUUCCCCCUUUGCUGCUUGUGCUGCUGCUGCUGCUGCUGCUGCUGCUUCUUCUCCUGCUGCUGCUAGUGCUUGUGCCGCUGGUGCUGCCGCUGCUGCUGCUUGUCUCAUGUCGGAUGUACGAAGCUUGCAGUCAGCUGGGUGCAGCUUCAAUAAACCAGUUUUCCACUCCGCCUUUCUUCCCCCUCUCCUCCUCUCUCCUCCCUCCACCCACUCCACUCCAACUACCCCUCCCUCUUCUCUCCCCUUUCCCUCUCUCGCACCACCCCCCUGCUAUCACCCCCGCCAGUUACUGGCAGCUAUACCAGUUUCCCUGUCCGACCGACAGUUACUGGCAGCUAUACCAGUGGCCCUGUCCGACCGACCGGUUCUCACAUCACUCAAGCCGCUGCUGCAGGGCCUCUGCUCCUACGAGCCCUCAGUGCGGGUGAGCCACGGCGCUCAUGUGCUGCUGUCCACGUGGCAACCUAUCCUCACCCCGCCGCUCGUCCCUCUGCCCCAGUCGCCCCCGCUCUCGGCUGCCACCAAGCCCUCUCUGUACAAGGGCGGGCGAGUGAUGCCGCCACCAUCAGCAGCGCAUUUCCGUCGCAUGCGCGGCGCUGGAGCCAGUAAACGGUUCGUGGAUCUCGCGAAACGAGCUCAGAUAGGCAAGGUUCUCUCUCGCCGCCGAGAGAUCACUGCUCCCACUCCCGCCCAGCAACCCACUGUGACAUCCCCUACCAAGCACGCCUCUCAGUCAAAGGGCCUUCGUCUCUCAGCAGACGAUGAGCAGCAGCGACUACUCUCAGGCGACAAGCGUGCAGUGAUGGUAUCGAUAGCAUCACCACCCCAUGCAUUCGGCAAGCCCGCAUCGCACAACCGCCCCCUCUCUGCGGACGAGAUCAUGCAUGCCAAACGCCGCCGCAUGUUGCACCAGCAGCAGCAGCUUGGGAAAAGGGAGCCAGACAUGAUGCUGGGAGAGAGGGCGGUUGGGGGAGAGGGAGAGAGGGAGGCGGGGAUGGGUGGUGUACAGGUGAAGCGUGAACUGAUGGGUGAGAAGGAGAGUGGAGGCGAGACGGCAGGGGGUGCAGGGGUGGGCGUGGUUGAGGCUAGCUCGACUGGGAAAGCGGGUAAGGAGCAAGGAGGGCAAGGCGUGAAGCAGGAGAGGAAUGAGGAGGCUGUAUUAGCUGCAGGAGGAGGAGGGGGAGGAGGAGCAGCAGCAGGGGUAGGGCUGAAGAGGGAGGACGUAAGUUCUGUGACGAAAGCAGCGCCUGCCAACAUGUCGGCACGGCUGGGCAGCAGCAGUGGUGGCAGCGAUGGGUUUGGAGGAAUCACUCGCUCCUAUGUGGGCCCAGCUCGAUUGAGGUUCAUGGGCAGAGGGGCAGGGCGAGGUGGUAUGUCAGCAAGGGGAGGUGGCGGGGCACGGGGGACUGCUUUUCCUCCUGCUCUUUCUCCUCCUCCUGCUGCUGCUGCUGCUGCUGGCAGGGUGCGAGUGGAUGGGGGCUUGGACUGGGGAAGAGGGGGCGUGGAGAAGGGGCGGAGUGGGCCGAGAGGUGCUGCUGGUGGGGGGGAGUGGAUGAUGGGUGCGGAUACAAAGGAUCAUAUACACGAUGUGGGAAGCAGAACAGUGCUGGCAGGAGCAGCGUCAGCAGCAAUGGCAGGCACAGCCACAGGAGCAGCAGCAGCAGCAGCGGCGGCGGCGGCGUCAGCAGCAGGAGUGGGUGUGCAUGGUGUGAAGCAGGAACCUGAGGUGAUGGAACAACUGUCUCAGCCCACUCACAUCGGAAUGCCAGCCUUUAGGGGAAUCGGUUCAGCAGCAGAGGCAACAGCAAGUGUUCUGCACCAGGGCGCCGCUGCUUCCGAUGAUUCCCAGCAGAGAUCCGCGUUUGAGCAUCGUCACCAGGGGGUUACAGGGCCAGCGUUGAGUGGGGGAUUAGGGGGUGCAGUGGGGUUUGGGGGAUUGGGGCGGAUUGCGCACACAGGGGGGCGCACACAGGUUGAAGCAGGUCCGUGGGCGCCCCAGGAUGCGGAGAUAAGGCCACAAGAGGUUGCUGCUGCUGCAGCAGCUGUGGGAUCUGUAGCUGCUGUAAGAGUCGAGGACGGUAGGGGCGGUGAGUCGGGUGAGGGGGGUGUGAUGGAUGUGGGAGGUUUGAGGGGUGAGGCGAGUGUGGGAGGGGGGGGGCGUGAGGAUGCAGGUGAGGGACGGAUGGGCGCUGCUGCUGCUGGUGUUGCAGGGUGGGCAGAAGAAGCUACAGCGGGUGCCGCAGGGGCUAUGGAGUGUGGGGAGGCUGCCGAGAUGUUGGGGGUUGCAGAGCAUGUGGGGGGUAUGGGAAGCACGGCAGUGGAGGCAUGGCAAGCAGAUGGUUCUCAUGCGGAGUGUAACCGGAACGAGUCUGGGAGUGCAAUGGCGAGCGGCGGAGUCACUGAGGACGGAGCACUGGCGCGGGAGGAACGCAGUGAAGGGGUAGAUGGGGCAGUAUGUGUGGGAGUGAGGGGAGACGCUGCCGCUGGUGUGAUGGUUGAUGGUGCCGUGAUGGGUGGUGCUGGUGCUGGUGGGAGUGGAGGAGGAGGAGAGGAGGCGGCGGUGGGGGCGACUUUUGAGUCGACUCAAAAGUCAUCAGGUGUGAUGGUUGAUGGUGGUGGCAUGAUGGGUGGUGCUGGUGGGAGUGGGAAAGGAGGAGAGGAGGCGGCGGUGGGGGCGAGGGUAGAGCGGCUCAGCGGUGAGCGUGCAGCAGCAGAGGGCAACGUGGGGGUUGAACAUACAGGGCAGGUGGGAAGUCCUCUGGAUGAGGGUGGACAGCGUGAGGCUGCUGUGGCUCCUGUUCCCGUGGCUCCUGUUCCCGUGGCUGCCUCUGCUUCAGAUUUGAUGCGAGGGACGCGAGAGGAAGUGGCGGUAGCUGUGCGGACAGCAGUUACAGGGGAGCCUCCGCUAGAGGAACCAGGAGACGCAUCAGAGGCACACCCUGCUGCUGCUGCUGCUGCUGCUGCUACGGUGGCGGCUGCUGCUGUUGGUGGGGUAUCAGGAGAAUCGGGGGGGGUUAUUGUGGCGGAAACGGGAGAGGGAGAAGGAGCACGGCGGAUGGGUGUGAAGGGGGAGAGUGGGGGCGGCAAGCGGGUGUUUGGGGUGGUGGGUGUGGAGGGGAGUGAAGCGGAGAGGAUCAGUGAGGUGGCAGAGGUGGCAGAGGUGAGAGUUCAUGGGGGAGAAAGCGCCGGGGGGAUGAGGAAGAGGGCAAAGGUUGAGGGUGAGGGAGUGGAAAGGCGGAUGGCAGGAGUAAUUGCAGUGGCUGAGGACGGAGGGAAGGAGCAGCGGGAGGAGAGGAACAAGGAGGAGGAGGAGGAGGAGGAGGAGGAGGAGGAGGAGGAGGAGGAGGAGGAGGAGGAGGAGGAGGAGGAGGAGGAGGAGGAGGAGGAGGAGGAGGAGGAGGAGGAGCGGAAAGAGAAGGAGAAAGACGAGGAAGAAGAGGAGAGGAAGGAGAAGGAGGAGAAGGAGGAGGAGGAGGAGGAGGAGGAAGAGGAUGAGGAGGCGUUAGAUAGAAUGGUAAUGGAGAUAAUAGGGGUGCAGGAUAAAGGUAGGGCGGAGCAGCACACGAGUGGCAUGGGCAGCAUGGGUGGUGAGGAGACGGCUGAGAUGCGCAGGCAGGUGGCGGCUAUGAGGAUGGGCAUGGUGCUGUGGCGCAAACCACCGA